AUGGUACGAGAUAAACUGACAAAAGAGGACGAGGAAUGCAUCGAUAUGAUUGUGAAUCCGUAUCCAUUUGUAACUGAAGAUACAUUGAAUGACAUUGAUGCUUCUGUGUGCCCUGAUGAAAGGAAUUUGCUUGUAUGCGAGCUAUCGGUUGUUCUUUCGAAUGGUGCUGCAGUGCUGAAUCCAAAAAUCCAAGGAAUGUUUCCCCGGUUGAUUGGCCUGCUGAGUGACAAGCAGAUAUACAACUCAAGCGCAGUCAUGCUUUCCGAUGCAUGCAGACACAUAGAAGACGUGCAGAAUGCAUUCAAAACCCUUGGAAUAUUCAACUAUCUGGACUUCAGUGAAGCUCACUACAAAGCAACCGUGUCAUUGGUCUAUUCAUUGUGUAUAGAAAAUAAUAACAACAGGCAAUACUUCAUUGAAAACUACUACGAUGAGCAGCGUGACAGAAAUUGUUCAUUGAUCCAAAGCAUUACCGUGCCUCCUGUACCCGACGACUCCGUCGAACCAACAGGCAUAUGA